AUGCAGAAUCCGCACCACUCACAAGAGACACUCCGCCGCCGCUUGAUCGCUCUAGCAAGCCGCAGGGUGGUCUACCAACCAAGCCGCCGCCGGUUGAUCGCACCGACAAGCCGCCGCGCCGAACACCACAAAGCGCUCAUCGGUCAUGGUCUCAUCGCUCUCGGUCACCCGCCGCAAGCUGCAGACAGCUCCGACGCCGACCUCGCCGGAGAGCCUUGGCGCCGCCCCGGCUUCGCCAACUUCGCCAACCUCGCCAACCUCGCUCAAGGUUCGCGGACUCGCCCGCGGACCGAGGCCUUUGCAUACGCGGUGUCGCCAACAACCGACGGUGGCUCCCGGCCGCGGUACGACUCGAUGGACUCGGUUGACGAGCUGGCGCUUGUUGUCGAGUCUGAGGUUGUGCGCUCCUUUGGCGACGAGCAUCUGACCGAGGCCGAUGCCAUGACCCGCGUCGCUGCCCUCAGCGAACAGCACCCAAACCAACUUCGUGGCGAGCGGCGGACAACUGCGCGCGAGUUGGCCAACAUUGUCGACGAGCUCGACAUUGACAUGCGGACGUGCGACUUUGAGCUCGAUGCUUCGUUGCUGGACGUCGAUGACGAGGCUGCCACUGGCGAAAGCGACGUCGACGACAUGCCGGCGCUCGAGGCGCCGCCGCCGCUGCCAAAGACAUCGUCGUCUCCGAGUCCAGCACCGCCCGCCGCGCAAGAGGGCCUCGGCGCUCGCAUUGCUCGCAUCCGUGCCACCCGCGCCACCCACUUGGACCUUGGAGUGCCCGAGUCGGUGCUGCUGCGGCGGAACACGGCGCCGCACGUCGGGCAAAAUGUGAUUGCGGCGCGGGCUGCUGCUGCUAGGGCGCUCCGCAAGCGGACCGGGCCAGACGCUCUCGAAGAGGCUGCUGAAGACUGUCGCCCGUCGGUCCCGCCGCCGGCUCCGCUGCCCGACGAGGGUGCCGAGGCUCUCUUCGCCGCUGACACCGCAGCCGAGCUCAGCUACGGCGCGGAGCAAGGCACUGUACGCAGCAUCACUCUCUACGUGUAAAGUUUAGCAAGGCC